GUGUGUUUGUUUACUUCCACGAUGGCGUUCGGGAUCUACAGUCUGCUGGAGGCCAUCGUCCUCUGUGUUAAUGCUGUUUGUAUCCUAAACGAGGAAAGAUUCUUAUCAAAAUUGCCCGGAUGGGGCGGUUCACACGUGCAUGGCUUUGGUGAAGAGCCUGGCGUCAAGACACAGAUCUUCCACUUUAUUCGUUCCAUCAAGACAGUUAUGAAAUAUCCUCUCAUUCCUGUUAAUAUUGCCAUAAUUAUUUUUAAGCUCAUCUUCGGUUGAUGAGCCUAAACCAAUUCCUCCAUUUGCAUAUUGCAAGUGCUUGAACAAGGACCCACAGUUUACAAAAGAAGAAUGUUUCACUAUCUGUGAUGCUCAGGAAACUGUAUUUUGGAUGACUGUAUUGUUUUUGUAAUAAAGAUAAUUUUUUA